AUGGACCCCAACAUGAACAGUCUCCUUAAAUGGAGUAUCAAGGCCGCUACCGAGGAGCAAGCCUCCGGUGAUAAGAACGACUCUGGCAACAAUGCCCCCGCCGAUCCCUCCCGCGGCCUCACGCCGCAGAUGCUCUCCACGCUAUUCGGUGGUCCCUCCGAAGCCGACCUGAUGAAAGCCGCCAUGGAAGCCCUCCGCUCCGAUGAAGUCGACCUGGAGAACAAGCUGAUCGCGUUUGACAACUUCGAACAGCUCAUUGAGUCGAUCGAUAACGCAAACAACCUGGAGCCUCUGGGUCUGUGGACCCCUCUGGUCGAGCUGCUUGACCACAACGAACCGGACAUGCGUCGCAUGGCGGCGUGGUGCAUUGGUACGGCUGUGCAGAACAACGAAAAGUCGCAGGAUAAGCUUAUCGUCUUGAACGCCCUUCCGAAGCUCGUCACCAUUGCCACCACGGACACCACUCCCGUUGUUCGCAAGAAGGCCGUCUACGCUAUCUCUUCGGCAGUCCGCAACUACCAGCCCUCCAUGGACGAGGUGACUAAGAGUCUCCCCGAGGGUUACUCUCGUGACAAGAUCGACGCUGGAGACAUGGAUGCCGUCGAUGCGCUCAUGGACAAGCUCCGUGCUCACAAGGUCGAGGCUUCUGCUUGA